UUGACGGUUUUGUUUACGUUCCACAAUCGAAAUUUUGGUUUCUAUAUGUGUAUGAUAUGAGCUAUGGAUGUUGAUCGCAAAUCGUGUAUUUCUUUUUUAUGGAAAUUUGAGUUUUGGAAUUUACGAGUUAUUGUUUAGUUGAUUUUUUUUUAAAAAUAUGAGCCUGUGAGGUAUUGUGUUGCAUUCCUUUUCUGGAGUUUGUGGCGGAGAAGGAUUGUAGACUGUUGGUGAAAACAACAUGGCACUUGAAAUGUAAUCCCUGUGUAUGUUGCAUGUCGGUACGGCUGACAUGUUUCCUGGAAAAGAACUGACUGUUGAAUCCUAGAGCUAAGACCGAUGUUUUGGUGUUUAUCCAUUCUUAUUGAAAUUCAAACUUUUUUUCUGUUUCUCUUCGCUAUUUGCUGUCAUGUUUCAGUGAGAUUCUUUUUCACAUUAGCUGUCUGUAUUAUUUAUAUGUGGUUGCCAUAUAAAAGUUGUUCACUGCGGUGUGAUCUUCAAUUUUAUUUCCGUUGAGAGUUUUAUUGAGAAAUAAGUGCAAUGGCGUUUCAAGCAGAGAAAAAUUUUGAAUCCAGAAAUGCGUGUACGGUUUCAGAAAAUGGAUUCUGACAUCCUGAUAUUAUCUAGAUUCCAUUUAUAUUAUAAUUCGUACUUGCCAUUCUAAAAACGUAGAGCCAUCUUUACCUAUCUGGGAACAGAAUCCUUUUUUGGCAGCCAUAUUAACAGUAUGGGGAUAGAAAUAUAUGACUGACAGAAUCGCGGCUUUAAUGUACCGAAUAAAUGAGUGCCAAUUUUGAAAUAGGAUUCACACUCGAGCACUUCAUAAUUUUGCUGAAGAAUAGUGGGUUAUAUAUUAUCAUUUGCUAUUAUUCUGUUGUACCAAUAAUAUUAUCCUAAAACAGUGAAUGACCUAGAGUAAAGAGAAAGGGAAAAUUGAAACUUGGUAUUGUGGUUUGUAUAAUGAUAUUGUUUCUCCCCUGAUAGCUACCUCUUUUGUUUACCUUUUAUUGCUUUUUUUCUAUUCGUAUAUUUUUUUCUUCUGUUGUGGGUUUGGUUGGUAGAGUGGAGGUUGUUUCCUAUGGUUUUCCUUUGAAGGGAUGGUAUUGCUUCUUUCUUCUUCAAUUGAUUAUUGAUUAGAAGUUGGAUUUCGUUGCAGAAGUUCGAUUAGGCUGUUUUUAUAUAUUUAAACAAACAAACAAAAAAAUUCCUCGAGAAAUUCUAUUGCAGUCUUGUGGGUCAGGUGGGCCUUUCAAGGCAUCUACCUUGCUACAUCUUCAUCUCUCUGAUACAACAAAAUAUGCAGACCCCUAAACCCAGGCCUGGUUCUCUCAAUGUGCCACAGAAGCAAUCUCUCGCCACAACUAGAACUGCAAGGAAGCUCAAAACUCAUGGAUCAGAUUCUGAUUCAUCCCCAAAUCCAAUUAGCAAAACACCUAAAGACAGAAGUGCGAAAGUUGCUGAUCGGAGAUCACCACGAGUUCUGGCAGUCGAGAAGAAGAGAUCAAACAAAGUGUCUGAAUUGGACUCCCAGAUCAUCCACCUCCAAGAAGAAUUGAAGAAGGCAAAGCAGCAGCUGAGCUCAAACGAAUCAUGGAAGAGUGCUCAGCAGGAAGCAGAAGAUGCUAAGAAACAACUUGCAGUUGUAACUGCAGAACUCGAGGAGACUAAGAAAGAACUGAAGGAACUGUCCGAGUGCGAGGAUACUCGAGUCCAGGAGCUGCGCAAGAUAUCACAGGAUCGAGACAGGGCAUGGCAAUCAGAACUAGAGGCUGUUCAGAAGCAGCAUGAACUUGACUCUGCUGCUUUGGCUUCUGCCAUAAACGAGAUGCGUAAGCUUAAACUUCAGUUAGACAGGGCUUACCAAUCGGAAGCUUCACAAGCUAGGCACGCCGAGUCUGCCCAUGCUGAGAUACAAAGCUUGAGGCUCGAACUCACGGAAACUCUUGUGUUGGUUGAGAAAUUAAAGACACAGUUGAGUGAUAGCAGAGUAUCUGAAGCUCGAAGCAAUGAUGAAGUUACUAGAGUUCAUAUGCAACUAGAGAUAUUGAAAGCUGCCGGGAAAACACUGCAAGAAGAACGUGUUAAUGCCGUGGAAGCCUACAACACUUUACGACUAGAAUUGGAGCACUACAAGAAUAGAGUGAAGUCAUUACAGGAACUCAUCAGCAUCCUCCAAGCCAAUCGAGAUGACCACAAUAAGACGCUGAUCCUUCCUAUGGCCGAAGGUAAGAUUGGAGUAAAAACUGAUGAAUCUGAACAUUUGAAAACUCAAAUUAGCAGUAUGAAAAAUGAAGUCAGUGAACUGAGAGGUGCACUUGAAGCUGCCGAAAGAAGAUAUCAAGACGAGCAGAUUCAAAGCACCCUGAAGAUUGGUAAAUCCUAUGAACUAAUAGAGCAUGCAAAACUGGAAUCAUCCUAUAAAGCAGCUGAACUGGAGAAACAGCUAAAAGAAAGCAGGGAUGAAGUUGAGGAACUGAGGACAACUUUGAUUGAGAAAGAAAAGGAAUUACAAAGCAUGUCUUGCAAGAACAAUGGACUGAAUCUUGAACAUGAACUUGAUGCUUACCUAAAGAAGUCACUCUCAGAGCUCGAAGAUCUUAAGGCUCAUCUGCUAAGUACAAAGUUGCAGUUACAAACUGUGAUCGAAGAAAACAAGAUUCUGAAAUCUGAAAUCAAGAUGAGUGAAAAGGAAAGAAGCAAAGCAAAUGAAGAAGCACAUGCAUUAGCAGAGGCUGCCCGAGCUGCAGAACAUGAAGCCUCAAUAAAGCUUGGUUCUUUAACAGAGGAAGCAAAUCAAAGUUUCAGAAAAGCUGCACUGGCCACCGAGCAGCUCGAUGCAGCUCAGGCUGCUAACUUCGACAUGGAAGCUGAACUAAGGAGGUUGAAGGUGCAAUGUGAUCAAUGGAGGAAGGCUGCUGAAGCUGCCACAGCAAUGCUAUCUACGGAUGAUCACGGCAGGUAUAUAGACAAGACAGGAUCUUUCGACUACCACAGUAACGACACAAAGUUGAGCUAUUCGCAAUCUGAAGACACGGACGACGAGGAUUCGCCGAAGAAGAGAAAUGGAAACAUGCUGAAAAGGAUAGGAGUGCUGUGGAAGAAAGGGCAGAAGUAAACAGUUUGAAUUGCAACUCAUUAUAUUUGUGUGUGAGUGAGGUGUAUAGUUAUUUCAUGGCCAAUUUAUGAAUUUUCAACAUUUUGGUUUUCAAUAAUUCAAGAAUUAAUUCAAUGUUUU